AUGUCCAACAUCAAAGAACCUGUAACUCGUGAUACAUUAUUAAAAACUGUCAACACAUUUCCUAUCAUAGAUAAUCAUGCCCAUAAUCUUUUGAAUUCAUCAGCAUCAUUAUCCUGUCCGUUGGAAGUUUGUUUUUCUGAGGCUCGUGGUGAAGCGCUACAAAAGUCUAUUGAAACAAGCGCUUUAAAACGUGGUGUGAGACAACUCGCUAAACUUUAUAAUUGUGAAGCGACGUUGGAGAGUGUUAAAUGUGUUACCGAUGCCAUUUCUUAUGAAGAAUUAUGUAGGACAUGUUUUGAUCCUACCGGAAUUCAAUGUCUCUUAUUAGAUGAUGGACUUGAUUCAUUAGAUGGGCUUCGUGAUGUGGAAAGUCAUGUGGGAUUGGUUGAAUGCGCGAAGAGAAUCGUUAGAAUUGAAAAGAUUGCUGAACAAACUAUUAGUGAUUUGGUCAUAUCUUUUAAAAAUUCCGGAAAUGAAAAUUUGGAAUUAAAAUCUUUUCAAGAUCCUUUUAAAAAUCAACUUGAAACUUUAGCUAGAUCUGAUCUUGUGGUUUCAUUUAAAAGUAUUGCUGCUUAUAGGACUGGAUUAAAUAUCAAUUGUGAUAUUGAUUAUAAUCUAGUUGUACGUUCUUUAGCAAAAUUUAUAUUAGAAUGUGUCGGAAGUGAUGGAGAGAAACCUAAAGUUGUUGAAACCAGGCUUGUUGAUAAAAUUCUCAUCGACUAUAUUUUAAAUUUGGCAAUUGAAGUUGCAGUUAAAUAUGAUAUUCCAAUCCAGCUUCACACAGGGUUUGGUGAUAACGAUCUUGAUCUUCUUACUUCAAAUCCUCUUCAUCUUCGAAAAUUAAUUGAGAAAUAUCCGACUGCAAAGAUUAUUUUAUUACACUCGUCUUAUCCUUAUACGCGUCAGGCGGGAUAUCUUGCUUCAGUAUAUUCUAAUGUUUAUGUUGAUAUUGGUCUUGUAUUUCCUAUGAUUUCUGCAACAGGACAAGAAACAAAUUUAUUUGAAUUGCUCGAAAUCUGUCCAACCAACAAAAUUUUGUUUAGUACAGAUGGUCAUUAUCUUCCAGAAUCAUUUUAUGUUGCAACAAUUCAAGUAAGAGAAGCAUUGGGUAAAGUUUUGUUAAAAGCAGUUGAGAAUGAAGAUUUCACUAUUGAAGAAGCGAUCAAAAUAGCCAAACAGAUCAUGUUUGAAAAUUCGAAUGAAUUAUAUAAACUAAACUUAAACCCCAAAAUCAUUUCAAACCAAGAAUAUAUCGGAUCAUCUGCUAGAAUUUCGAAUCUUGCUCUCAAAGAACUUAAACACAAGGGAGUAAAAUACGUACGAUUGGGAUGGGUAGAUUUUACAAAUAUGCUUCGAUUUCGAGCAGUUCCGAUCGAUAGAUUUAUUCAAAAAACAGUUUCCAGCGGAAUAACGCUCGCAAAAUGUUUAAAUACUUUACCCGUUUAUGGAGAUGUUCUUGUAAAAGAAACGGAUUUUGGUCCUUCGGGAGAAAUGUUCAUGAAACCUGACUUGAAUACAAUCGUACAUUUACCUUAUCUUCCUGCACAUGCUUUCGUUCAUAUAUCGUUUGAAAAUAAAGUGACUCCCGAUGACGUAAGCUAUCCAUCAUCUAGCGAAUCCUCGCCUUAUCCAGUAUGCUUAAGAUCAUGCUUGAAAAAUAUCGUUGAACUGGCAAGAAAAGAAUUUGGAAUUGAUUUUCUAGUUGGAAUUGAAUCAGAAUUUUUAUUAUUAAGAGGUGGAAAUGCUAACCACCAACCUUAUCAACCCAAUGCUGUUGAUAAUACGGUAUAUUGUGCUGCAGCAGCUUAUCGAGAUUUUAGUACGAUUCAAACAAUCGAACAAAUUCUUGAUGCUUUGCAAGAUCAAAAUAUUGAGCUAGAACAAUUCCAUCCAGAAUCGGCUCCGGGUCAAUUUGAAAUUAUCACUAGUCCUGAUAAUCCUUUAGCCGCUGCUGAUAAGGUUGUCAUAACACGACAAACUAUUUAUGAUGUUGCAGCUAAAAAUCUUCUUAAGGCGACUUUUAUACCAAAACCCUUUCGUGAUAAAGAAAUUGAUCAGAGUAAAAAGAUUUACGAUGAUCAUCAUUCAAAAUUAUCUCGUAAAGAAAGUUUUUUUGUUGCAGGUAUAUUAAGCCAUUUGAAAGCGAUAGCUGCUUUAACUUUGCCAACGAUUAGUUCUUAUGAAAGAGCAGUGAUAGGUAGUUGGACUGGCAAAUGGAUCAGUUGGGGUAUCGAGAAUAGAGAGACACCCAUUAGAGCAUGCUAUCUUCCUAGGGAAGGAACUAAAGGAGAAAUGGAUGUUAAUUUUGAAAUUAAAUGUGUUGACGCAACAGCAAAUCCUUAUUUAGCUUUGGCGGCUAUACUUUGCGCCGGUAUUGAUGGCAUUCGAAAAGAAAUGGAAUUAAAAAUGCAUUAUUGUAAUGAUGAUCCAGAAUACUUAUCUCCCGAAACUCGUGCAAAACUUGGAAUUACCGAACAAUUACCUGAUAGCCUUGCAGAUUCUUUAGCUGAAUUGAAAAAGGAUGAAGAUUUGAUUAAAUCUAUCGGAAAUGAUAUAAUCAAAAAUUAUAUUGCUCUUAAAGAGGGUGAAUUAAAAUUCUUUAAAAAUUUGUCCAAGGAUAAAAUAUACGAAAUUCUUCUUGAGAGAUUUUAG